GUGACUUGUAUACAACCUAACGUAACGCCAUCAUCAACCGGCAACCGCCAAAGCGACAUCAUCAAGACUAAAGUCCAAACUCUCCGAACCGCACUCGAUCCUUUCCUCCCUCUUUUCUUUCAGAUCCCUCAGCUCACACUAUCAUUCGAUCUAAUCUAACUUAGAAAGAAAAUUAGCAAGAUGAGUGAAGUUUUCGAAGGUUACGAGCGUCAAUACUGUGAACUCUCUGCUAAUCUCGCUCGCAAAUGCAGUUCCACUUCUCUUCUUUCUGCUCAAGAAGAGAAGCUGCAAAAGUUUUCUGAGAUCAAAACUGGACUUGAUGACGCAGAUGUUCUGAUCCGGAAGAUGGACCUUGAGGCAAGAAGUCUGCAGCCAAGUGCAAAAGCAAUGCUUCUUGCGAAAUUGAGGGAAUACAAAUCUGAUCUAAACAACUUGAAAAAAGAAUUUAAAAGGUUAACAUCUCCCAGUGCUGAUCAGGCUGCCCGGGACGAUUUGUUAGAGACCGGAAGGGCGGAUGCACAUUUGGCAUCUGCUGAUCAGAGAGAACGAUUAACUAUGUCAGUGGAGAGAUUAAAUCAGUCAAGUGAUAGAAUCCGGGAGAGCCACAGAACCGUGCUGGAGACCGAAGAGCUUGGCAUCUCAAUCAUCCAAGAUUUACACCAGCAGCGCGAGACUCUCCUGAGCUCCCAUAAAAGGCUUCAUGGGGUAGAUAAUGCUAUUGACAAGAGUAAGAAGGUUUUAACCGCAAUGUCACGGAGAAUAACAAGAAACAAAUGGAUCCUUUCAUCUGUGAUCGGAGCUCUUGUUUUAGCUAUAGUUAUUAUUCUAUUUUACAAGCUAUCUCAUUAGCUAAUUAAUAUUCACAAGGUACAACAGGGUGCAAUUCAAGUGAUUUUUAUAUAUACUUUGUAUGUGCUUGAUUGUAUAUAGGAACCACAUAUGAUGUUUGUCACAUCCCUUCAGUUGUUUCUCUUCAUGAUUGGUGAUGUUGUUAAUGGUGUCUUGAUUUUGAUGCUCUAUAUUAUGUUGUCUUUUGAAAUGAAAGAAUGUUGUUAAUUUGAUGCAAGUAAAUUUGAUCAUGUGUACUCAUUUUAUGAUA